GACACUGGAGGUCCACGUGAAACACAGUUAACGGGAUUCUGAACUCAGUCAGAAGGUAGUUUUUAUCACGUACCUCUCAUUGUAGCUAGCUCUCGCCCCUGAUACUAGUGCCAAGGUACGUCAUGUGUGUGUCAUGUGUAAGGACACCAAAUGGUUCCCUUCCUGUACCUAGCCUGUGCUUGUAUGGUUAUGGGAACACAAGCUGCCAACUGCACUGAUAUUCAGCACUGUGCAGAGUGUGACGAGAAGACUGGGCAAUGUCUCAAGUGUUACCCUGGCUAUUGGGACAAACGGUGCAGUAUCAAGUGCAGCGACGGUUGUCGACAUAACACGUGUGAAAUCACAGAUGGGGGGAUUGAGCGAUGUUCUGAAGGCUGUGUUACUGGUUUCCAAGGCACAAACUGCAUCAUACCAUGUGAUCCUCCCGUUGAUAAUUGUACAGAAUGUCCUGGUGGGUGUGAGGAGGAAUACUGCAAGCUGAACUCCACCUGUGUGUCUGGAUGUGUUGACUCCUACUACGGUUCUGGCUGUCGACCUUGCUCCAGCAGAUGUAAAUCCUGCAACAGGAUCACAGGAACAUGUGAGGAGUGUCACCCUCCAUACGCUGGUCAGGACUGUGAACAUCCCUGCGCACACUGUUCAGGAAGUUGUGAGAGUGAAUGCUUGAAGGAGUGUUCAUCAAUAUUUUACGAAAUGUUUUGCAUUGAGCCGUGCAGUGAUAAUUGUAUGUCAAUUAUUGACACAUGUCCACUGAAUUGCAGUGAUAAGGAUACAGUCAACUUUUGUACACCGACUUCUCACAACCAGAGUGGCGAGUGUACACGUGGUUGUGAAGAUGGAUGGUACGGACCGACGUGUGCAUCUCGAUGUGACGCUAACUGUUUGAACCACAUGUGCGACCUGACAGGUGCUUGUGUUGAAGGAUGUAAGAUUGGAUAUUUCGGGAAAAACUGUACACCGUGUUCUGAGACGUGCCUCAAUCACACCUGUCACUCAAACACCGGAUCCUGUACACAUGGAUGCAGCCAGGGCUGGUAUGGGGAAGUGUGUGACCAGACGUGUGCAGUGUGUCGUGACGGGGUGUGUCAUCAGAAGACUGGAACAUGCAUCACGGGGUGCACUAUCAGCGGGUGUGAUCCCUCUUGUACAGGCAACUGCUCCAUAGAGGAAUGCCGUCAAGCUGCUCCUUGUAAAACAGCUCUGAAGACAAAUGGUAUCAUUAUCAGAAUCCUUGGUAUCAUUAUUGGAAUCCUUGCAGCAACUGUGUUUUGUAUAGCGCUGAGACAGUGUGUGCGUUACCGCAAACGCAUUGCUGCACAAAGGCGUCGUCCACUGGAAGCUGUGAUGGUCAAUGCUACUGGACAGGUGUCACUGCCUACACUGGAGUACCAGGGUCUACACAGAUACUAUGAACUACACGAGGAAGACAUGGACCCGGAGUUUCCCGGGAGAAACCAACUGGAAACUGGGAUGGUCACAGAGACUUCACAGGUGCCUACUCAUGACUACCAGGUGAUACACAGGUACUAUGAAAUACAUGAUGAUGAUGUGGACCCAGAGCUCCCCGGGAGAAACACAAACACCCCAAACAACAUGGUGGAGGAGGAGAAGGAGAAGAGGGAAAAGAAAGAGAAGAAGGAGGGGGCGGAGGAGGAGAGCGAACUGGCCACACCCACUCUUGUUGAGUACUCCCCAGUGUCCAGUGAUGUAGGGGACGGAGAGGAGAGCGAACUAGCCACACCUGCUCUUGUUGAGUACUUCCCAGUGUCCAGUGAUUUAGGGGACGGAGAGGAGAGUGAACUAGCCACACCCACUCUUGUUGAGUACUCCCCAGUGUCCAGUGAUUUAGGGGACGGAGAGGAGAGCGAAGUAGCCACACCUGCUCUUGUUGAGUACUUCCCAGUGUCCAGUGAUUUAGGGGACGGAGAGGAGAGUGAACUAGCCACACCCACUCUUGUUGAGUACUCCCCAGUGUCCAGUGAUUUAGGGGACGGAGAGGAGAGCGAACCAGUCACACCUGCUCUUGUUGAGUACAUCCCAGUGUCCAGUGAUGUAGGGGAAAGAGAGGAGAGCGAACUAGCCACACCCACUCUUGGUGAGUACUUCCCUGUUUCAAGUGAUGUCAAAGAUGAAAAGGAUGCUACAUCCGGGGCUUCUGCUGAAGACCACUCAUCAUACAUUCGACCAAUACGGGAUGUGUUUGUUGAUGACCCGACAACAGUUGUGACAUAUCUGUCACCAAGGGAGGACUCACAAUAACUUUUCAUUCUAAAGUGUUCUACUCAAAGUCAACAGACUUAUCAACAUGUACGAGCGUACCUCUUUCCGUUUUAGCAAAUACCUGUCUUUCUCAGAGUCAUGACUAUUAUCUCACAUAGUUUGCGCUACUUCAAACAACUAUUGAGAAACGGUUCGUUGUAUCGGUGUCGAUCUUGUAAAACAUACCCUACAUGCAGAUGGACUUCCAUUUUCCUUCGGCUUGUGGCAAUGAUCCGAAUCUCUGUGGAUGUCGAGGAAACGUUGUGCUGAUAUGGACCUCGAUAAACGCCAGAUUUUACCUGAUUGAAACUAUGUCCUCAAUGUGUACGGCACAGUAGUUGACAGUCAUCAGGGUGUGGUCUAACGUGUCAGGAGACCAAUGCAGUCAUAGUUUGAUGGCACGGGUAUGGAGAAUCUUGAUCCUAUGUACAGUACAAACAAGUUACAUAGUUACAAGCUUACAUAUACUUUAAUUUAUUUUUACUCUUACAAUCUUGCAAUGGAAUCAUACAUACAGAAUAAAUGUAUCCAUGUA